AAAAAAAACCAAAACAAAAACAAAACUGAGCUCUGUCUCUCUCUCUCUCUCUGUCUCCCUCGCUCUCUAAUCGAUCAGGCGAAGAGAGAGAUGUCAAUGGAGGCAUCUUCGUCGGAGAUCAUAUUGGAAGAAUGGAAUGGCUCUUCUUCCACCAAGCUCUCAAGAACUGCCACUAUUACCGCCUCCCCUUCUCUCAGAAUCCAAAGGUCUGGUGGCCGAUUCACCCAUGUUUGGAGACGGCUUCUCCAAGCAUUUGUACCCGAGGGCUUUCCUAGUAGUGUGACUCCAGAUUAUGUACCUUUUCAAGUCUGGGAUUUACUGCAGGGCCUUUCCACGUACAUUCGGACCAUGCUUUCUACACAAGCUCUUCUCAGUGCAAUUGGGGUCGGUGAGAAAUCCGCUACUGUAAUUGGUGCCACAUUUCAGUGGUUUUUGAGGGACCUAACUGGAAUGCUUGGAGGCAUUUUGUUCACAUUCUACCAGGGCUCAAACCUGGAUAGCAAUGCCAAAAUGUGGCGUUUGGUUGCAGAUCUUAUGAAUGAUCUUGGAAUGUUGAUGGACCUCGUUUCCCCUUUGUUUCCUUCGGCUUUCGUGCUUGUAGUUUGCCUGGGGAGUCUAUCACGAUCAUUCACUGGUGUUGCAAGUGGAGCAACUAGAGCUGCUUUGACACAGCAUUUUGCUCUUCAGAGUAAUGCUGCAGAUAUAUCUGCCAAGGAAGGAAGUCAAGAGACAGUGGCAACAAUGAUUGGCAUGGCUUUGGGAAUGGUUCUUGCUCGCAUUACAAUGGGGCAUGCACUAGCUAUUUGGUUUUCUUUUCUGUCUCUCACCCUGUUCCACAUGUAUGCAAACUACAAGGCUGUCAGGUGCCUUGCAUUGAAUUCAUUAAAUGCUGAGAGGAGCUCAAUUCUUUUGGAGCAUUUCAUGAAAAAUGGCCUAGUUCUCUCACCUGAAAAAGUCUCUAGGAUGGAGCAUGUGCUACCAAUGUGGACCACUUCAUGGAGCUCAAAGAGUGCUAAACAAAUGCACAUGCAAGUACACUUUGGUGCGAGGGUGUCUUCAUUUAAUCACCUGGAACUGAUGGACCUGUUGCAUUCUGCUGGAUCUCAUUAUAAGAAAGCAAAGUACUUGCUAGUGGAGAAGAAGGGUAUCGUCAGUGCUAUUUUGCAUAAAGACUCGACAGCUGCAGAUGCCUUGCAGUCAUUUUUUCAUGCACUUGUUAUGGCAAGUCUUACGGAAAAAAGCAAGUCUGUGCAUUUGGAGAGCCAAUCAUGGAUGGAUAAAGAGUAUGGAGUUUUUAUUCAAAAGCUAAGGUCCUCAGGUUGGAAAACAGAACGGCUCCUAUCACAUUCUAUCAUUUGGAAGGCCAACUGGAUCUGUGGGCCUUUAGAUUCAAAGAUUGACUAGGCAAUUUUUUGUCAGUCGCAUAAAACAUCGGUUAUAAGAGGUGACAUUGGCGCCAUUGGUGGGAUCCUGUUUGAUCAGUGGGGAUGACAGACAAUCUUGACAGAGGAACACAGACAACUCUGUUAGACAGCUCUGUUAUUCAUGGGUGCAUUGCGAUUUUGGGAGGAUGGGGAUCUAACCGGUGCCUCCAGCCGCCGCCAAUACAUUAUUUUUCGCAGCAACAUGGAUACUUAUUUUCUCACCAUUUUUUGAAGACUUAAGGUUUCAACAACUCUAAUGCUAAGCUCAACUUGCAAGAUCCCAACUUUGUCUGUUCAUCCAUGCCUUGGAUGGUGCGAAUGAGUGCACCAAAUUAGCAAUCUGCAUGAGUUGAUUUUAGUCCAAUUAUUUGGACAUAAAAAACAGCCUUGAUUAUGCUUUUGGACAUUUUUGUGUGUCAAGCAAAUUAAGAUAUCCUCCUCUAUUAUUCAUAGCAAAAUAAUGGACAAAUGUAUAAUUUUUUGGUCGCACUUGGGUCGAGGACAGAUCUUGAAUCCAUACUUGAUACUCUUAGUUUAUAUAUAAAAAAAUAAUGCUGUUUGUCGAUUUUUUUU